CCAAGUUUUCAGUUCGGAGAUAUGAAGCAUGGAAUCAAACAGAAAUUGUUUGCCCACGAAAAGAAACAACUAACUUUAGUACGUGCCACUGUGGACUUUACUGCCAGCUGCUGUCAACUAUUCUGCAGUAUCGCGUUUGUGUAGUAGGAGCCGAGCGCGCAAUUAUGCCCGUCAAACUCACAGGUGACUUCUUAGCUCAAUAGCUUUUACUCGUCGAAGGUGAAUACCAUGGAAGAAGCAGAGGAAGAAUCAGCAGGUGAAGAACCAACUCAGAGUGAUGUUGCGCCGACCCCACCUCCCAUUCAGCCAUCAGAUGUCAUCGGUCACGGGGAUACUGCUGAAUCGCAGAAUGACGCCGAUGAUGAGGAGGCCCCUGACACUUCUCAGUCAUUGGAUCACAGCCAGCAUAGCUCUCAUAAUACGUCUAGGAAUCAGUCACGUCUCGAUGGAUCUAUAAGCCAUGAUGACCAUCCGCCGCCUGUUUGUAAAAACGGCGUGUUGGACUUAUCUCGUCGUGGUUUGAACGCUAUUGAUAGAAAGUACAGGAAGGAGUAUGCCAACGUAAGAAAGCUUAUCAUAGCGACUAACAGAUUUCUCAACAUAUCAGGACUAGAUAUGUUCAAAAAUUGUGUGUUGGUUGACGCCACGGACAACCAACUUCACAAGCUUUCGUCUUUUCUUCCCUUAGCCAAGCAGUUGAAAUCUCUGCUUUUGUCAAAUAAUGGCAUCAAAAACAUGGAUAAUUUCCGUUCUUUUGCUCGCUUGGAAAGCGUAGAUUUUUCAUGUAACGACAUUGAGAGUCUGCCCAGUACACUCGACAAUCGUCAUCUCACUCGGAUCGAUCUCAGUUCUAAUGCCCUCACCUCCCUACCGGAUCUCUCCAAGCUGACAUCGCUAACUCAUCUUGAUGUAUCAUCUAAUCAUAUCACGUCUUUCAAGCAUGCUGCUUUUCCCAAAUCACUGCUACUGUUUAAUGUCUCUUCUAACCAGAUUGAUGAUCUUACGGAAUUUAUGCGUCUCUUGCCUUUGGAAAAACUAGAUUCAAUUUCUUUAGCAAAUAAUCCCUGUGUGUCAAACAUCACGUUCGACUAUCGUAUCUAUAUCCUCUCUGUGCUGCCAUCAUUACAAGAUAUCGAUGGUUUCGUUGUUAACGAGGAGGAGCAGUUGAAAGGUGAAUGGCUCUACAGCCAAGGAAAGGGACGAAUGUUCAAACCCGAUACGGGAGCACAUCUUUCUUUGGUUAAACAUUUGGAAAAGUACUGCCCAUUCGAUGUUGAGGGAAAAUUGGUCUCUUCACUGGAUCAAUCUGUUGUAAAGGCGAUGGAAAAACGUCGGGAAAUGCUGAACAGCAGCACUCAUGAAGACGACUCCUCUCAGUCACUCAGCAUUCACUCCCCUUAUCGAGCGUGGGCGGCUCAACUGGAAGGCAAAGAAAAUCGCGUACCAAGUUCAAGUGCUGAUGAGAGUGGAGCUUCUCGUUCGGUUUCGGCGAGAAUGCCAGCGUCGUCAACACCAGCUAGGCAGCCGACGAUGACAUCCCGAUCAUCUGCCCAGUUUCAACCCCCAUCUAGAAGUUCCACCAUGGAAUCAGUGGAAUCGUCUUCUACAGUGACCUUGGUACCGGCGGCUACCGCACAUCAAGAUCAGCAGCGAGGUGUCUCCUCCACGGCUACCACGGCCCGAGUAGACCGAAGUGGACGAACUUAUCUCAGAGAAAAAAGUGUACAAGCGGAGCAAGGUGUGGAACGUGACUCUCCUCAGCGGGAGGAAGUAGUCGGUCAACGAUCUACUCGAGAUUCGUUCGAACAAAACCAUGCGCUUGAGCGGGCGAUAAAUGGAAGACGGAUUAGAGAUCGAAGCGCCAAACAAAAGCGAGAGAGUCCAGUGCCAAUGGUUACAGAUAUAUCUAUGGAUUUGGGAUUUAGAAAUAAUCAUAGAAGUAUUAUCAAUGAGAACGAGAUCCUUCAUCGGUUAGCAUGCCUAGAAGAGCAAGUAGCCGAACUCUGCUUCGAGAAUGAGAAUCUCACAAGAAUCAAUGAUCAGCUAAGUGGGAUUCUGGUGGAAAUGACGAACAAAUUUAAGAACGACAUCGAUUCGCUCAAGGAUCAGUUAGAUUCUAUAGGAACUCCGCAAAAUCCAGAUCCUUGUAAUUUACGCGUUGCUCGAGAAAUCAGCGAUGGAUGUUAUGAAAUUGUUUGGGACUUGCCGCUGGUACGAGGGUAUAAAGUUCUUACCAAUGGCGUAGAAAGUGGUAUCGUACGUGCACCCAAUAAUGCUGCCAGAAUAUCUGAUAUAGAACCAGGAAUGGAAAUCACUGUACAAUUACAGGCUAUCCACUUCGAUGGGACGAUAGGCGAACCAUCUAGUCCGUUGAUCAUACGUCGUAAUGUGCGGUGACCAUUUUUAUCUACAUGUGAUCUCGACAAACUACUUCAACGAACACUAACCGGAUUUGGUUGUAGUUGAACUGUAAAUAAACUUUUCCAUAAUUAUGUUUGGAUA